AACUUCCCUCUUUACCUUUUUCUUUCUCUUGAUUAAGAAGCUUUUAUUUAUGGUUGAUGCUUGCUUUGCUCGUUUAUGUUUGUUUUUCUUUUCUCUCUCUUGUUUUAGCAAGUUAUCAUUUCGCUUUUAUUAUGCCAUUUAGUACUGUCUUGCUUUUCUCUUGAGUUUCUCAUUCCACCAUUCCCUUCACGUUUGUUGGAAUAUCAUCAUAAUUGCACUUGCUUUACUCAUUUAUUGUGUUUUCCUUUCACACAUGUCUCCGUAGAUUCUGGAACUUCCGCUUAUAAUUCAAAGGGGUUAUUUUUUUUGUGGGAGAUUUUUGUCUCAACCUUUAUGAACUUGGUGUAGGAUUUUCGUUUUUGUUAAACGUCUUAACCAUGUCGACAUGGAGAGUGAUAAUGGAGAUAUGAAGACCAGGAUGGAAGACUAUGAAGUUAUUGAGCAGAUUGGGAGGGGGGCAUUUGGAUCGGCUUUUCUUGUUUAUCACAAGACUGAGAAGAAGAAAUAUGUACUCAAGAAAAUUCGCUUGGCAAAGCAAACAGAGAAGUUCAAGCGCACUGCCCACCAAGAGAUGAAUUUGAUAGCAAAACUAAACAACCCAUAUAUUGUGGACUACAAAGAUUCAUGGGUGGAUAAGGGUGAUUGUAUAUGCAUUGUAACUGGCUACUGUGAAGGAGGAGACAUGUCUGAACUGAUCAAAAAGGCCAGAGGAACAUAUUUUCCGGAGGAAAAACUUUGCAAGUGGUUGGCACAGUUGUUGCUAGCUGUGGACUAUCUGCACUCCAAUCGAGUACUACAUAGAGAUCUUAAGUGUUCCAACAUUUUUCUUACAAAGGGCAAUGAUAUUCGGCUCGGGGACUUCGGACUUGCAAAACUACUGAAUACAGAAGACCUUGCUUCAUCGGUUGUUGGCACUCCUAAUUAUAUGUGCCCCGAGCUCCUUGCAGAUAUACCUUAUGGCUACAAGUCUGACAUAUGGUCACUGGGUUGCUGUAUGUUUGAAAUUUCUGCACAUCAACCUGCAUUUAGGGCUCCGGACAUGGCUGGACUCAUCAAUAAAAUUAACAGAUCCUCCAUUUCUCCUCUACCAAUUGUCUAUUCCUCUACAUUGAAACAGAUCAUCAAGAGCAUGCUGAGGAAGAAUCCCGAACAUAGACCGACGGCUGCUGAAUUAUUGAGGCAUCCACAUAUGCAACCGUAUGUCCUUCAAUGCCGCAAUGCCUCAGCUAAUAUACUACCAAUAUAUCCCUUACCUAUCAACUCCAAGGAUAAAACACCACGGAAAUCACCAUCUAAUAAAUUAAAUGGUGGGCACGAGAUCCGGGCCAAACCGAGCAUAGCUUUCAACCUGCUGGAAAAUAUUGAUCUGGUGGGGGGGAGUGGUGACAUACAUAAUAGCAACUCGUCAACUGAUGAAAAUAUGUCAUUAACGGCUAUUUCAGAAGACAUACUUGAGACAAAGAUGGUGGAUCCUACAUCCUUCCCUGAUGAAAUAUCCACAUCAGAUGCUGUUGAUAGCCGGACUGAUGGGCUAACGAGCUCUUUGUCUCCGACAUUGACUUCCAAUGGUGAUAAAGAGAAUGGAGGAAUUGCUCUCCAGUGUACAGAACCACCUGCCAUCAAGAUCUCCCCAGAAAAUAGUCCAAAUUAUUUGCAGAGAGAACCUGAUGCGGAAAAUUUUCAACAGUUACGAGAGGUCGACAUUAAAACUGUGAACCUGCACGAACCGAAAAUAAGUUGCAGCAAACAGACUUCUAAUGUAACUGGAAUGAAGCCCGAGGAAACUAGUGAAAGGAAUGUGGAAUUAUUGAUGUCCUCUGUAGGCAGUGCUGAAAAGUUUGGACCAUCUGAUGAUAAAUGCUUACUGAACUCUGCUGAUCAAUUGAAUGUUGAACUGAGAAGCUGUAUCAAUCAGGAGAGCUUCAAAGAGCAUCCAGAAGCUGGUUGUAGCAGUUGUUUAACAUCUGCGGAAGAAACUACCGGAAUGGAACUCGUGUCAUCUGAGAAAGAAAGUGUACAGACAGAUUGCUUGCCGUUGGAGAAAGGUUCACACACAGAUUGUAUGUUGUCGGAGAUUACAAGCAAUAUUCUUCCACGUAAAGAUGAAAUUCAUGUUAACUCAGAUGGUACUAGUUGUUCGACACAGAUGAUCACAAAUGGAAAUGUUCAUCAGCACAACAGGGCAGGAAGUGAUGUAUCAGAACUAAGUACACAAACAGCAUCAGGUGGUGAUGAUACGAAAAGUACAGAAUCAGAAUAUCCAAGCCAGCGAAGAGCCGAUGCUCUCGAAUCCCUACUUGAGCUAUGUGCACGGUUACUUAAGCAAGACAAACUCGAAGAGCUUGCUGGUGUGCUGAGUCCAUUUGGAGAAGAAGCUGUAUCUUCAAGAGAGACAGCGAUCUGGUUGACAAAAAGCCUCAUGUCAUCACAGAAAUCUAACGACGGAUCUUCUUAGUAUCCUAACAUGUCCACAAAGAAAGAAAAAGCAGAGAAGUUCCCAAUUAUUUAUGCAUCUUUUGUACAAUAAACUUAAUUGCAUUAUAUAUAUAUUUUUUUCAAUGUAUAAUGUGUUCAUUGUGUGUGCGUUUGAUUAACAAUUUGAAGGAUGCGAGCGUUUCAUGUUUGUUGGAAAUUUGACUUUAACAUUGCUUUAAAUGGAAGAGAAACUUGUACUUUUGCAUUGUAUAGAAAACUUAUAUUUGCACAUCAUGUAUUUAGUGGAAGUUUGAAUAUACCAUAUCGACAAAGCUUCAAAGCUUUCAUUUCAUUCAAA